ACAUCAGCGUUUCCACGAGUAUUCUUGACUGCACACUCGUCUCUCUCUACACCAUACAACGCUACAUUUUAAUUCUCACCUCACAAUGUCUGCCGUUGAGUCUACGCCUUCCAAGCAGAUUUCAUCUGCCAUUGACUCACUCAAGAUGAACGACUCUCCCGCAAAGAAGCUUGACUUCUCGCCGGUCGAGAAGGAGAACACUUUCAAGCCCAUCGUCGGUAUCCCAGAUGACUUCGAGGACGACCUAGAGGAGGCCAAGCCUACCGUCGCGCCUACGAUCAAGGAGGAGGAGGCUAUCGAGCCAAUCCUCCAAGAGAACCCUGGACGCUUUGUCCUGUUCCCCAUCAAGUACCACGAUGUCUGGCAGAUGUACAAGAAGGCCGAGGCUUCUUUCUGGACCGCAGAGGAGAUCGACCUCUCCAAGGACCUUCACGACUGGAACAAGCGUCUCAACGAUGACGAGCGCUUCUUCAUCUCCCACGUCCUCGCCUUCUUCGCAGCCUCCGAUGGCAUUGUCAACGAGAACCUUGUUGAGCGAUUCUCUAGCGAAGUACAAAUCCCCGAGGCACGAUGCUUCUACGGUUUCCAAAUCAUGAUGGAGAACGUUCACUCAGAGACCUACUCUCUGCUCAUCGACACAUACAUCAGCGAGCCCAAGCAGCGCAGGUACCUCUUCAACGCCAUCGACAACAUCCCCUGCAUCCGCAAGAAGGCCGACUGGGCCCUGCGAUGGAUCUCCGACAAGAACUCCACAUUCGCCAACCGCCUUGUUGCAUUCGCCGCUGUUGAGGGUAUCUUCUUCAGCGGUUCUUUCGCCUCCAUCUUCUGGCUCAAGAAGCGCGGUCUGAUGCCCGGUCUAACAUUCUCCAACGAGCUCAUCUCCCGUGACGAGGGCAUGCACACCGACUUCGCCUGCCUUCUCUUCUCUCUCCUCGAGAACAAGCCCAGCCCAGAGUCUGUCAGAGCUAUCAUCACUGAAGCCGUCGAGAUUGAGCAGGAGUUCUUGAGCGACGCACUACCAUGCGCUCUGCUCGGCAUGAACGCUACUCUCAUGUGCCAAUACAUCGAGUUCGUCGCUGACCGUCUGCUGUUGGCCCUCGGCAACGUCAAGGUCUACCACGCCACCAACCCCUUCGACUUCAUGGAGAACAUUUCUCUGGCUGGUAAGACCAACUUCUUCGAGAAGCGCGUCGGCGACUACCAGAAGGCUGGUGUCAUGGCCAGCACAAAGAAGCACGAGCAGCAGAAGGAGGGUUCAUCGCCCACACCUGAGCCGCAAGGCCAGUCUGGUGAUUUCUGCUUCGAUGAAGACUUUUAGAUGCUUCGCUUUCACUUCUUUCUCAAAUUAUCUGCCAUUUUGUUUUUGUACAACACGUUGAACGUUUGGGUUUGGCACGGGUGCCGGAUGUCUUCGUUCGCAUACCCCCUUGCAUUGAUGAAGUAACCACUCUUCGCAUUUUGGAGUCAUGGCGUUGCUAGUUAGCUGGGAUAGGCCUCUUGGAUGAGUGACGCGGUAGGAUAGCUACGGCAUGCGGCAG